AUGGCUCAGGCUUCCGUUGAUGACCCUCAUGGCACAGACGAUAAAGCGGCAGUUGAAGCCGUCGAGAAUGACAUUGCUCCCGAAAAAGAAUGGGGUGUCAUCGUCCAGGGAGCCAAAGAGGCCACCGAUCUAGAGCACUCCCAAGGCAUUCUCGAAGCCGUCCGUUUACAGUGGAAAGGCGUGGCAUGGGCUUCAUUUUUCUCUCUGUCCAUCGCCAUGUAUGGGUACGAUAACGCACUCAUCAAUAAUUUCUACGGCUACCCAGCUUUUCAGAAAGCAUACGGAGUGCCUGUCAGCAAGGGCUAUCAGAUCCCCGCCAAAUGGCAGACAGGUCUCUCACAAGCAAGUAUCGUGGGCAUUAUCCUGGGCGCCUCAUUCAACGGCUUCUUUUCUUCACGGUUCGGCUACAAAAGAGUUAUGCUGGUUGGCCUUGUUCUUAUGGCGGGCUUUGUUGCUAUUCCAUUCAGCGCUCAUAACCUACCGACGCUUCUUGUUGGUGAGAUUUUCUGCGGCAUGGUCUGGGGCACAUUUGCGUCUAUAGGACCAGCGUAUAGCUCAGAGUGCUUGCCCAUCUCGCUGCGUGGGUUUCUUACCAGCGGUGUCAACAUCAUGCAGAUCAUCGGCCAGCUCAUCGCCAUUGGUGUCCUUGACGGCCUUGUCAACUUGGAUUCACAAUGGUCCUACCGAAUCCCCUUCGCCAUCCAAUGGAUUUGGCCUGUUCCGCUCUUUGUGGGAUGCCUAUUCGCUCCUGAGUCUCCGUGGUAUCUUGUUCGCAAGGGUCGUCUCCAAGAAGCAGAACACAGCAUCCGUCGGCUUAGUUCCAAGACUGACAUAAAAGUCAAAGAACAUUUAGCCAUGAUCAUUCAUACUGUCAACUAUGAAGAGGAGAUACGAACCGGGUCUUCAUAUCUCGCUUGUUUCAGAGGCAGCAAUCUCCGCCGAACAGAGAUUUGCUGUUUGUCAUUCGCUGGUCAAGUCUUUAAUGGUAUUUUUAUGAUGAACCCGGGAACUUAUUUCUGGGAACAAGCAGGUUUAUCUGCAAACAAUAGCUACAAAGUCUCUGUGGCCGCUACUGCCAUUGGCCUGCUCGCAACCUUUAUCGGCUCAGUUCUCAUUGCCCAUUUAGGUCGUCGCAAUCUUUACCUCUGGGGCAUGAUUUUCAUGACUGUAGUGAAUACUCUCAUCGGCAUCUUGGCUACGGUCCAUGCCAACGAAGGAACAAAAUGGGGACAAGUAGCACUCACUAUUCUAUGGGUAUUUUGCUACGACAUCUCCGUGGGCCCCGCAGCGUAUGCAACAUCGAGCGAAGUGUCUGCUGUCAGCUUGCGAGUACAGAGUGUGGCUCUAGCCAAGGUUGCCCACCAGCUUUUUGACAUUAUUGGAGCUGUUUUGGAGCCUUACAUGAUUAACCCUACUGCUUGGGGGUGGGCAGGCAAGACAGCUUACUUCUGGGGUGGAACAUCACUGCUUGUUACUCUAUGGGCGUUCUUUCGAUAUCCCGAAACGUUCAAACGAUCUUAUGAGGAGCUAGAUAUCCUAUUUGAGAAAGGGAUAUCUGCACGCGACUUUAGAAAGUACAAGGUUGACGCUUACGACGAUGGUCAGCCGUUUCAAGAGAGAGCGGUUCACUAA